AUGUGCUGUCGUCCAUUGGCUUCCACUAACACUACAGUCAUCUUCACCACGCUCACCCUCAACUCGAGCACGCUCUAUACGACAGAAAAUGCCAAACUUGCUAGCACCAUCUCCAAUCUCAACUGUUCUGAGUUGGUCUCGCUGGAGCUUGGCCUCAUAAACUCGUCCAAAACACUCAUAGGCCUGAUACUGGCGUACACGGAUGCGUCUGUGACGAAGACUUCGCUUUUGCUCUAUUUCAUGAAGAAAACUCUCCACAAUCUGGAUGGCAGCAACGACUUGGUCACGGUUAUCACGCUAGCACACCAGGAUGUCAAUAAAACGCUUGUUUUGUCGGUAUUGAAGAAGAUCAUGGAUAAAUAUUUUGAAUUCCGUCAGGAUCUUGCUGCAACCGUCUCAGAAAAUGGCGCAUCUACGACCUCGUCGGCGCUGGCCGAGCAACUGGCUAAAUCCAAGUUGGGCGAGUUCAAACUUUACAUGACACAGAUUAUCAAGUUUGAGGAAAUGCAAUAUGACAGUAAUCUGCGAAUCUACAACUACGGGGCCGUCAAUCGCAGCGUAGAUGAGAAUGACGGAACAGGUUCCCGUUCUGAACUCAUCACACCCAAUCAGCUAGUGGCAGCCAACGAGGAGGUAGACGAGGUCAGACUGUUAAUGCUAGACAAUAUCAACAAGAUCCUUAAUCGUGGUGACAAGAUUAGCACGUUGGUGGACCAAACAGACCGACUCACGUCGUCUGCACUGAUGUUCCAGAAACGGUCGCAGACUAUCAAGAGGAAGAUGUGGUGGGCUAAUGUUAAGCUUAUCGCGAUUUUCCUGGGUCUCAUUGUGUUACUUUUAUACUUUUUCAUUGGCUUUGAAUGUGGGUAUCCAAUGUUUCAGCAGUGCUUACGAUAG